UCAUUUUGUAAGUUUGCCAGACCUUCAAAUUAACUGUAAAUUUUUUUGCCAGGUGGCAACGUCUUUAAAACAAAAAAAAACAGAAGGAAAAGCGCAAAAGAAAACAAUUACUUACUUACAUAUAUAUGUAAGCAUAUAGAUGAUGCGGGCUGAACAAUAAACAGUCAUGUGGCAAUAAAUAAGCCUAGGAACUAAGAUAUUAAAACAAAGCAAUGUCACUGCGUGCACUCAGGAAACGGGAUACUCAAUUAAGUCAAGGGGCAAGCAGCUCAAAAGCGACACUCUUCAAGAAGGCCAACAACAACAACACAAUAACAUUAACAGCAACAACAGCAACAACAACUACGUCACCUAGACAUUUACUGGCCAAGAAGUCAUCAACAGCGAGCAUACAAAAGCUAAUACGUCAACGCAAGUUGUUAGGACGUGCAACAUAUUCCAAUCCGGAUCUCACGGAAUUCCAAAGGGCCAUUGGGGACAACCUGUUGCGCAGUAAAUCGGAGGGUGAUGUUAGCACAGUGACCCUGGCAGGUAAAACGAUUCGUGGUUUGACGGCAGCCAACGCCAAGUCCGAGGUGUGCCUGCAGCGCAUUAGUUCGCACAGCUACGAGCCCGGCCAAAUUAAGAUGCUGGGCGGAGCACAAUCCCAUCGCGAUCUGUCCGGGGAUCAUAGUAAUCUGGAUUACGAGAAUGGCCGCGCACCGAGGCGAAUGAGCGAGUGCAGCCUGGGCUAUAGUCAGGCCAGUGGUAGUGCCUACUCCCGACGCACCAGCUCCAUGUUUGCCAGCCAAAUGGCGUUGUCCAGUGCAGCACCUGUUGAUCCCAAUGCCGUGUUGCGUGUACCCAUUAUUGGCUAUGAGGUGAUGGAGGAGCGUGCUCGCUUCACCGUUUACAAGCUGCGUGUGGAGAAUCCGGAUACCAGGGACUGCUGGCUGGUCAUGCGACGCUACACGGACUUUGUGCGUCUCAAUGGGAAACUGAAGCAAGUGUUUCCACAUGUCAAUCUGUUGCUGCCGCGCAAGAAACUCUUUGGCGACAAUUUCAAUGCGGUCUUCUUGGACAAUCGUGUGCAGGGUCUUCAAAUGUUUGUCAACUCCAUUAUGGUCAAGGAGCAGCUGCGCAAACACAAAUUGGUGCGGGAAUUCUUUUGCUUGGACGAACCGCCCAGCUACUCGGAAUCAAUGGAGGAAUGUCGUGCAAUAUUCGAGGCUCAGGAGGAGACCAUAGCACAUCUGAAACUGCAGAUACAGACCAAAAACGAUCACAUACUCAGUUUGCAGCAGAAGUUGCGCGAGGAAAUGAUCGAGAAGGAGCAGCUCAGGGAGGAUUUGAAAAAUAUCAAUCUGGAUUGCUCACACUGCUCCUCGGCAAACGAAAGCAAUUCGCUCAAGUAGCUUAAAGGAUCAGCAAUCGCAAGGAUUCAACGUGUGCGUGUGUGUACAAUAUUAUGCUGAGCAUAACUCUAUGCACUCGCACGGCAUAUAAAUAAGUAUAAAUCCAACAACUCCAAGUGCAUAUCAGGCGCAAAAAAGGCUCACUUAUACAGUGCUUUAGUAUUCAGUUCAUAACAUAAGUCCAAAAGAAAUACAAGUAUAUAUUUUAUAUAUGCGAGUUUUUACUCAAUGAUGAUUGAUUUAGGCAUAGGCACCAUACAAUUUACAAGAUUAAAAUCUACAGUUUAUUUACUAGACUUAUCCGACAAUAAUUGGAAUUAAUCAGGCACAUUAAUAAGCCCAAAUGCGAUACAAAUACAUAUACCUAA